AUGACGAUCCCAGAUGAGGUCGACAUCAUCGUGUGUGGAGGUGGUUCGUGUGGUUGUGUUGUGGCUGGACGUCUCGCCAAUCUCGACCACAACCUCCAGGUCCUCUUGAUUGAGGCUGGAGAGAACAACCUCAACAACCCAUGGGUUUUCCGUCCCGGUAUUUACCCGAGGAACAUGAAGCUGGACAGCAAGACUGCCACCUUCUACUACUCUCGUCCCUCGGAGUGGCUCGAUGGCCGCCGAGCUGUUGUGCCUGUUGCGCACAUCCUCGGAGGUGGAUCUUCCAUCAACUUCAUGAUGUACACCCGUGCGUCAGCUUCCGACUACGACGACUUCCAAGCCAAGGGAUGGACCACUAAGGAGCUCAUUCCCUUGAUGAAGAAGCAUGAGACUUACCAGCGCGCCUGCAACAACCGCGACAUUCACGGAUUCGAGGGACCCAUCAAGGUUUCCUUCGGUAACUACACCUACCCGAUCAAGGAGGACUUCCUCCGUGCCACCGAAUCCCAGGGCAUCCCGACCACCGACGAUCUUCAGGACUUGACCACUGGUCACGGUGCCGAGCACUGGCUCAAGUGGAUCAACCGCGAUACUGGACGUCGAUCUGACUCGGCUCACGGCUACAUUCACAGCACCCGCGCCGUUCACCAGAACUUGCACCUGCUCACCAGCAACAAGGUUGAGAAGGUCAUUCUGGAGGGCGACCGCGCUGUUGGCGUCAAGGUUGUCCCAACUAAGCCUCUCCACCCUGAGCAACAAAUGUCCAGGACUAUCAAGGCUCGCAAGCAGAUCAUCGUUUCUGGUGGUACUCUCAGCUCUCCUCUCAUCCUUCAGCGCUCUGGUAUCGGUGACCCAGAGAAGCUCCGCAAGGCCGGCGUCAAGCCUCUUGUCGAUCUUCCUGGUGUUGGUCUCAACUUCCAGGAUCAUUACUUGACGUUUGCCACCUACCGCGCGAAGCCUCACGUUGAGUCAUUCGAUGACUUCGUCCGUGGUGACCCCAAGGUUCAGGAGCAGGUCUUCAAUCAAUGGAACAUCAACGGCACUGGUCCGCUCGCCACCAACGGCAUCGAGGCUGGUGUCAAGAUCCGACCCACCGAGGAAGAACUCAAGAUGAUGGACAGCUGGCCUUGCAAGGAAUUCCGCUCCGGCUGGGACUCCUACUUCAAGAACAAGCCCGACAAGCCAGUUAUGCACUACUCAGUCAUUGCUGGUUGGUUUGGUGACCACAUGGUUAUGCCACCAGGCAAGUUCUUUACCAUGUUCCACUUCCUCGAGUACCCAUUCUCGCGUGGUUCUACGCACAUUGUCUCGCCCAACCCAUAUGAGGCGCCUGACUUUGACGCUGGUUUCAUGAACGACAAGCGCGACAUGGCUCCUAUGGUCUGGGGUUACAUCAAGUCUCGUGAGACUGCCCGCCGCAUGGACGCUUACGCCGGUGAGGUGCAGGCUAUGCACCCCUUCUAUGCCUACGACAGUCCCGCCCGUGCCAACGACCUCGAUCUUGCCACCACUAACCAGUACGCACUCCCCGGUAACAUCACAGCUGGCAUUCAGCACGGAUCCUGGACUUCUCCUGUCAAGAAGGGCCGCGCUCCCGAGCCCAACUUCUUGAGCUCGAACUGCCAGGAGGUCAUGGAGGAUCUCCAUUACUCAAACGAGGAUAUCAAGCACAUCGAGGACUGGACCAAGCGCCACGUUGAAACCACCUGGCACUCUCUCGGUACAUGUUCCAUGGCUCCCAAGAACGGCAACUCCAUCGUCAAGCAUGGUGUCCUCGACGAGCGCCUUAACGUCCACGGCGUCAAGGGUCUCAAGGUCGCCGAUCUGUCCAUCUGCCCCGACAACGUCGGUUGCAACACAUACUCGACUGCACUCCUCAUUGGAGAGAAGUGUGCAGUGCUUACGGGUGAGGAUUUGGGCUACAGCGGCAGUGCAUUGGACAUGAAGGUCCCCAACUACCACGCUCCAAGGGAGAUUGCUGGUUUGUCGCGCUUCCAUCGCGGACUGUCGCCGAAAGUUGAUACCAUGUCCGCGCUAGCUCGGAACCGCGGACCACAGAUGGCGGCCACAUAUUCCAAGAUCACGCGACCAGCAUUUCAACACUCUGUUCGCAGUCUUGCUACAGUAGCACCAGUGCAAACUGCAACACGCAAUCACAAAAUCGUCGUUAUUGGUGGCGGCUCGGCAGGCAUAUCUCUCUCUCAUCAACUGCUCCGAAAAGGAAACUUCUCACAAGACGACAUUGCUAUUGUCGAUCCUGCGCAAUGGCACCAUUAUCAGCCUGGAUGGACGCUCGUCGGAGGUGGUUUGAAGAAGAAGGAAGAUCUACGCCGUCCGUUGAAGGAUCUCAUGGACCCUAAAUUCAAGUUCUACAAGACCUCCGUGGGAAGCUUUACACCCGAGGAAAACUACAUUACCACCGGUACCGGAGAGAAGAUUGCAUACGAACAGUUGGUCGUUGUGCCUGGUAUUACGCUCGACUAUGGUAGUGUGAAGGGCUUGAAAGAGGCGUUGAACGAGAAGGAUGCCAUGGUGAGCACUAUCUACGACUACGAGUAUUGCGAUAAGGCGUAUGAGAAUGUGAAGAAAUUCAAGAAGGGUGAUGCAGUCUUUACUCAACCGGCUGGUGUGGUAAAGUGUGCUGGAGCACCGCAGAAGAUCAUGUGGCUUGCGUUGGACUACUGGAAGAAUGCUGGACUCUACCCGUCGGAUAUCAACAUCAACUUUGCUACCGGUCUACCUUCCAUGUUCGGUGUGCCAAAAUACGCAGCAGCUUUGGAAAAACUCCGCGUAGAACGCGGCGUGGACGGCCUCUUCCAACACGACUUAGCCUCCAUCUCCGGAAACACAGCAACAUUCAACGUUGCAAACUCUGAACCUAUUAAGAAGCACUUUGACUUCCUCCACGUUGCACCUAAGAACGUGCCUUGGUCUUUUGUCAAAUCCAGCCCCUUGGCCAACGAGGCAGGCUACGUCUCCGUUUCUGAUUCUACCACUCAACAUACCAAGUACUCCAACGUCUGGUCCAUCGGCGACGCAUCCUCUUUGCCUACUUCCAAGACCGUCGCUGCCAUCACCGCCGAAGCGCCAGUCUUGGUGUCUAACUUGCUUUCUACGAUGGCCAACAAGCCGCUAGAAGCCAGCUACGAUGGUUACACAUCUUGCCCGUUGCUUACUGGGCAGAAGGAAGUCAUGCUUGCUGAGUUCAAGUAUGGUGGUGUGCCCAAGGAGACCUUUAACAGUUUACUAGGUAUUGACCAGGGCGUUCCGAGGAAGGCUUUCUAUUGGUUAAAGAAGGACUUUUUCCCAUGGGUGUAUGGAAAGUAUCACGUCAAGGGUGAGUGGGCAGGACCAAAGGGACUGUCUAGAUGA